AUGCCUACACCACCUGAAGGACCUACUUCUGACGUGGAGGACAUGGGUGCCGAGUCCAGUGGUGGCCGCGAAGACGUUGCUGCUGGGGAUGGGACUCCGCAUGCUGGGACUCCACGAUGGACUGAUGAGGACUGGAGGCGUUGGAACGCCGGAACAUGGAGCUGGGACCAAGGACGGGAUGGGUUGCCGUCCACGGGAACUGCUAGUGCACCUGAUGAGGGACAGUCAACUAGUGGCCAUGGUGGUAACCAGGCUAGGAGGUCAAGCACCACUCAGUCAGACCCCUGGAGCCAACCUUGGCGGGACCCCUGGGCUAACAGUCAUGGGGGUAGUCAGAAAGAUGAGACACUAGAGGAACGUGGUAGUGGUGGUAGCGACAAAAUAGUGGUACCUGAUUUCUCAGGUGAGGAAGACAGAGACGGAACUAAGGCCAGAGGUUACCUGAGGAAGAUCGAGGCCUGGCGGCGUGUCACGCGCUUGAAGGCCAACAAGCAGGCCUUGGUGCUCUACAACAACCUCACGGGGAAGGCAUGGCGUGAUGCGGAGGACUUGGAUCUCUCCACCCUGGACGACCCCUACGGCGUGGAGCGCUAUGUGGCUUGGAUCACCCAGCGCUACUUGGACAAAGAGGUGGUCAAGGCCGGGAAGUACAUGAGCGACUUUUUCAAGUUCUUCAAGAAGGGCCCGAGCCAGGACAUCAGGGACUACAACAGUGAAUUUGACCGCCACCUGGCCAAGCUGAAGGAGGUUGGCUGCGUUCUUCCUGGACUUUGCAGCUCUUGGUGGUACAUCGACAAGAUGCGGCUUGACAACUCCACGGAAUUGAACUUGCUUGCCUCCGUGAACAACCAGUAUGACUUGGGCAAGUUGCAAGAAGCUGCAGUGGUUCAGGACCGUAUGAACCGACGUAUCUGGGAGACUUCCAGGAAGUCAGAUGAUCGUCAUGGGAAGAAGAAUCAACAGGCCUACAUCACUGAGCUCGACGACAUUCCGGAGUACCUCGACGACCUGGACGACGUCGAGCCCUACGGCGAUGAGGAGUCACCGGAUGAGGAUGACACUGAGGCACAUGAGGCAUUUGUGGCCUACCAGAAUGCGAAGGCCAAAUACAGCGACGUGCUCAAGGCAAGGGGCACAAAUCCAGCCAAGACCCGGGAAGAGGCCUUAGCCAAGGCCAAAUCACGUUCCUUCUGCUCGGCAUGCGGCAAGAAGGGACACUGGCACAAGGACAUUGAGUGUCCGAAGAACAAGGGCAAGUCUGGUGAAGGUGCCCCCCAUAUCACCCACGUCGUCUUCUACACGGACAACAUGGACCUCGACACCGUGGUGGAUUGUGCUUGCAGCCGCACUUUGGCUGGUGUGGCAUGGUGCAAGAAGUACUUGGAGGUCCUCAAGAAGUUCGGCAUCCCCUACAUCGUCAUCGAGCAGGAGGAGCACUUCAAGUUUGGUGGACCACGUCUUUAUCCUUCUACGAGGGCAAUUGUGGGGUGGCUAGCCAUUGCUGGGCGAUGGUUCAUGAUCAAGAUUUCCAUCGUCUCAGCUCAGGUACCACUCCUUCUUAGCAGGCCUGUGCUGGCCUCCUUGGGGAUGAACUACAAGAUGGACACCAACGUGGCGGACUUCCCCAAGCUCAAACUGGUGGACGUGGCUUUGAGUUUCACAGCAUCUGGCCAUCCAAAGGUCAAUGCUUUGGAUUUUGGUGAAACACCCCAAGUGCCAACAUGGCCGGAAGGGGUGGACUGGAGUGUGACGGAAGUCCACAUUUUAGCACCAGAUUCUGAGAUUCAGCGAAUGUCCAAGACUGCAACACCGUCGCCAUGGAAGAUGAAGCGCGACGAGCUGGUGGAAGCCUUGGAAGACAUGGAGAUCCCCGUCCGGUACGAUUGGACAGUGCCGGAGCUGCGGGCGACCCUUCUGGAAGCUCGGGAAGCUCGCGGCGACACGACCCACAAGGUUGUGGGUCUUACCCACAUGUCCUUGGAUGCCCUGAAGGAGAAGUGUGCCGAGGAGGGGCUUGCACUCCCACCAAAGCCGACACGCGGCUUACUGAUGAAGAUGCUGCGGGACAACCUGCCCCCGUCCGGAGAGGAGAAGGUGACCUUUGGGUCUCACAAGGGAUACAAGUACAAGGAAGUCAACUGGGCUUACCUCAAUUGGGCCAUCAAGGAGGUGAGCAGCAACCCACAGCACUCACCGGAUCUGGGCCGUCUGGCCAGAUGGGCUCACGCGGAGAAGAACAAGCCACCUCGUGGAGCACCAUCAGGGAGUGGGGAUCCAGAGCGCUUGGCCAUCUCGCCAGUGCCACAAGAGGCUUUACCGAAAGCCAAGGUGAAGGCGUUGAUGACGGCCAAACAACCAAGAACAUCGAGGACACGUCGCAUCGAGGAGGACACAAGCAGCGGCUUCGACCUGAUCUCCGAGGCGGACCAGUCGGAGAAGCGGAGGGAUUACUGGAAGAAGAUGGAGGAGCUUCACAAGCUUCGGCGAUCUAUGAGGGCCCGAAGCUGCUACAUCACUGAGAAUGACAACACGCUCGACAUCAAUGCCAUCUCUGCCGAGACCUACGAGCUUGACAAUGACGAGCUCCUUGCUGGUGAGGCCGCCUCUGACCCCUUGGACAUUAAUGAGUAUGACCUCGAGAAGGAGACUAAGAACCCAAGGAUCAAGUUGCACUACCCUGAGGAUUUUGAGGAGGUGCGUAAUCUUCCGUCCAAGCGGAUGAAGAGGGUGGCCAAGAAGCGGGUGAAGAGCUGGGUGCACAAGACUCUCUUGUGCCUCACAACGACUUUGAUGGCUCUGGCAACUCCGGUCGUGGCUGAACUACACGAAGCUGUGGUCGAGCCUGCCCAGGAUUUGUGCAAGGCAGUCUUGGGGCCGAACACCUUCCAGGGCAAGAAGGAGGAGAUUGCCCUGUUGGAGCUCUUUGCAGGCUCUGCCCAUCUCACUGAAGAGUUUGCGGCCAAGGGCUACAAUGUCUUGGAGCCGAGGGACAUCCUCUUGGGACACAAUCUUUUUGACCCUCUUCAGCAAGAGACAGUGUUCAACGAUAUCAACUACAAGAAGCCGAAGCUGUUGUGGGUGGCAUUGCCCUGCACCAAGUGGUCCCAGUGGCAACGGCUAAACUAUGCCCAACGCCAACAAGCUCUACGUCGAGCUCGUGCUGAACAACGUAGACUCAUCCACUUUGCUGUGGAGUGUGCUUGGAACCAGAUCGCCAACGGUAAUGAGGUGAUGUUCGAACAUCCGAAGUAUUCUGAACUUUGGACUGAUCGAUCAAUGGAGAGCUUUAUGGACAAUGACUUUGUCGUCACCUCAGAUCUGGACAUGUGCAGAUAUGACUUGAGGGCCGUCACGGAUGGCGGUAGGCGCACUUGCGCUGGGGGCCAUGAACAUACCCCAACCGAGGGGCGAAACACCAAGCCUGCUGGGGCUUACACCAAGGCGUUUUGUAGGGCUGUCAUUGAGGGCUACCAGAACAUGUCUAGUAGCGUAUGGGCACCGCUGUGCUCACAUGAUGCUGCUCAUCCAACUUGGGAGGCACUGGCAGCUCAGGAGGCUGUUGGCGACGAUCAAGAAGUACCAGAACCCAAGUUGACCAGCAUCGAAUUCCCUGCGCAUGUACCUGCUCAUCUGGCCAAGGCCUUACGUCGUGUCCACCAGAACUUGGGUCACCCGGCCAACCAUGACCUGGCUCGGCACCUCAAACUAUCUGGAGCAAGUGAAGCAGCAGUGAAAGCUGCUCACAGCCUACGCUGUAGCACUUGUGCGCGCUUGGGCAGCCCGGGUACGAGGAGACCGGCUAAAUUGGUUCGGCCGUUGGAGUUCAACCAGGAGGUCUGCUUGGACACGAUCAACCUCUUCGACGCUGACAACAACAAAGUCGAAGUCUUGUCAGUGCUUGACAUGGCCUCAGGGUACCACGUGGUCAAACAGAUACGUGGCAGGAAGUCCACUGACCUUCUGGCCGACUUCACCGACUGCUGGAUGGUCUGGGCAGGGCCUCCUAUGAAGGUAACAUGUGACCAAGAGAGAGGGUUCAUCAAGGACUUUGUGGACGGCGUCGAGAUGGCUGGGUCCACAGUGAGAUUUAUUGCUGGUCAGGCACACUGGCAACAAGGGGCCAUCGAAAGACAAGGUGAAUGGUACCGUGCAAUGUGGGACCGCACGGUGGCUCAUAGCAGCCCUUCCAAGGAUGAGAUCAAUUACACCCUGGCCAUGGUUUCUGCGGCCAAGAACAACCUCCGACGGAAACAUGGCUAUUCGCCGACACAGUGGCUUUUUGGAGCUGAACCUCGCCUUGGCGAUGCCGUUUUGGACGAGGACUCGAACCUCUACUACAGAGAAGAACUACGCUCCCCAGAUGAGGUUUGGCGUCGUCGUCAGACUAUCCGUCUUGCUGCUCGGGAAGCCUUUUUACAGACACAGGCUGACUCCACACUACGCCGAGCUCUACUUGGACGACCACGGUCGAAUGUGGAGGUCUUCGAGCAGGGCGACUACGUCUACAUCUACAGAGUUAACAAGACUGCUGGGGGCAAAGCCAGGAAACGACAGAACGUAGGUGAAUGGAUCGGGCCAGGAGUUGUGGUCGGAAAGGAGGGCUCAUCCUACUGGGUUUCCCGUGGUGGCCGAUGUGUCCUUUGCGCUGCUGAACAUCUUCGACCUGCCGAGUCUGAAGAGUUAGGCUUGGCCUUCCAAACGAAGACCGUGAAGGAUGACCUCAUGCGACUGGUGCAUCGUUUGGACAACAGCGACGACGAGGUCUUUGCUGAUGCCACCGACCCCAUCGACCCGAAGCGCCAGGUGACCUAUGAGGCCGUUCCUGAACGCCGAGUACGAACAAAAGGUGUAGUUCGAAUGCACAAAAGACCUGCACCACCAGGAGCGGACGAUCAGCCGAACAGAUCAAAACCACUGCCUCCAGUACCAGAUUCUGACCUGGAGGAUCUACUGGACACAGAAGUAGAAGCAGCCGCUAGCUCAAGACCUGCCGCUCAAGCUCUAAUGGUGGAGAAAAGGGUUCCACGCUCCCUUGUUAAACAGAGUGACAAGGAAGUGAGGUGGGAAGACAUCCCUGAGGAUGAACGACCUCUUUACCAUGCCGCUGAGGCAAAACAGUGGGCCGAGCAUCUCCACUACGGAGCAGUUCGGGUGUAUGGACCUCAAGAAGCCGAACAUCUACGUCGUGCAGUUCCUCGGGAACGCAUUUUGAAAGCCCGUUUUGCCUACAGAGACAAGAAUGUGGCAAAACGACGUGAAGAUAGCUAUACCUGCCAAGUGGAACCUGGGUCCUUGGUGGAGAUCGUCAAAGGGGUCUUUGGCUUGUCGAACUCCCCACGCCUAUGGUGGGACAAGCUGGUCAAAGAGCUGCUGGCUUUGGAAAUCAAAGUGGGGGAGGACAUUUUGACUCUCUCACACCAUGAGUUGGAUCCUUGUUUCUUCCCCUUGCGUGAUGGAUCAGGGAAGCUUCGUGGUGCUCUCAUCACCCACGUCGAUGACCUUCUGGUGGCAGCCCCCUACUUGGAGAUGGACCUAUUACAACAAGGACUUUCUGGUAUCUUCCCCAUUGCCGAGUGGGAGACCGACCUCUUUGAGUACACUGGCGCCACCAUCAAGCAGGAGAAUGACACCAUCGAGCUCUACCAAACCGCCUAUGUCAACUCCCGCUUGGAGACGGUCGACAUCCCCAAGGACGCUGUUGCAGAGAACAUGGCCGACCAGAUCACCAAACAGGAUAACAUGAGCACGAUCGCGGCACUUUCUUGGUUGGCAUCCCAGACUCGACCUGAUCUGCAAGCUGGGGUCUCUCUGGCACAACGCCGCCAGAAGGAACCGACGUACCAAGACGUGAAGAAUACCAACAAGCUAGUGAAGCUGGCACAGGCAGGAAAAGGAGAACCUCUCAAGUUCACCAAGGUCGCUCAAGACUUUGACGACUUGCUCCUCCUUGUGUACCACGACGCAGCCUGGGCAAACGCUUCCCUGGACCCCGACAUCGACGACUACGACGAUUACUUGGCGUCUGGAGGCCAAGGGGUGUACUCCCAGCUGGGACACAUUCUCCUCCUCACCGGUCGUCGUGCCUUGACCGGACAGGAGACGCCGACCAUGGUCAUGGGAUGGAGAUCACACGCGUGCCCGAGGGUAUGUCGCAGCACCUUCGCUGCAGAAGUCAUGUCCAGCUUGGAAGGUUGGGAAGACGCUCUCUGCCUGAGGUCUUUCAUUGCAGGAGCUCUACAUGGUCGACCACGUGGUGUCUCUGAGGCCGAAGCAUGUGGGCUCUUUCCAGUGGUGAGUUUGACUGACUGUAAGUCUGUCUACGACAAUGUGCACAGGGUGGGCGGCCCGAAGGCCCCAAGUGAGAAGCGCUUAGUUGUCGAUCUGACAGCUUUGCGCCGAAUGGUCUCCGAUGAAGCAGAACAUUGGGGCUCUUCCUUGCCACAUGGGAAGACUUUGCGAUGGGCUCCUACAGGAUCACAAAUGGCCGACAUCCUGACCAAAGUCCUGACGGACAUACGCACCUGGUGGAUGAACGUCCGUAUCAUCAGGUUGCCUUUUUGA